AUGUCGAAGGCAAUUGUCAAAACUACCUUCGAGGCGUCUCGUACCCUCCGCCCCAUCUAUACCGGGGGCAGCACGGCGCUGGAUGCCAGUGGCCGCAUAUUGCUGACCUGCGUGGGCGAAGAUGCUUUGAUCGUCGAUUUAGAGACUGGUGACCAGCUUGCUAGUCUGGAAGGAGAUGGAGAGAUUAUUACAAGCUUGGCGAUCACGCCAUCCGCUUCGCACGCCGUUGUCUGCUCGCGCUCGAUGUCCAUGCGCAUCUACUCUCUUUCGCCUUUCGACGAAGCCUCCAAGACCAUCGAGGCGGAGCUUGUUCGGUCCCUCAAACCCCACACCGCGCCUGUCGUGACAACCGCAAUUGACCAGACCAGCACUCUUCUGGCCACAGGUGGUGCUGACGGUGCCAUCAAGGUCUGGGACAUUCGCGGAGGCUAUGUGACGCACACCUUCCAUGACCGUGGAGUCAUCUCAGCCCUCUGCUUUUUCGAGGUUUCGGCUGCGGAGAGUGAUGCAAAGUCUUCUUCCAAGAAGUCUAAGCGGAAGGCAUCCGGAGAGGAUGACGAAAUUAUGGACGACGCUGCAUUGCAUGCUACGGACUCUACAGCAGGGUUCCGACUUGCCAGUGGUAGUGAAGAGGGCAAAGUGCGCGUGUACGAUUUGCACAAGAGGAAGUCGAUUGCAUCGCUCGACUCGCAUGUCUCGCUUGUGCGCAGUUUGUCAUUCUCUCCCACGGAGAAUGCACUUCUCUCUGCUUCGAGAGACAAGACCGUUAUUGUGUGGGACGCCCGCACCUGGAAAACUCGGAGAAUUAUCCCUGUGCUUGAGAGUGUGGAGGCUGCCUCCUUCAUCGUUGAUAGUGGAGUCUGUGUAGUUGGUGGAGAGAACGGCAGGUUGCGCGUUUUUGAUGUCAACCGCGGCAGUGAGAUCACGGAGGAUCAGGAGGCAGGAGAGGACUUCGAGACCAUUGUGGCUAUUCAGUACUCGCCCGGUCUGCCCUUCAUCAUGACCGUGCACGCAGAUCAGACUAUCAGACUUCACUCGAUCGAGUCUUUGUCGGAUUACAAGCCAGGUUCGACGCUGGAGCCAUUGACCAUCACACGCCGCAUUUCCGGAAACGAUGACGAGUUCAUUGACCUGGCUUACGUUGGUGGUGAUCGAUCAAUGCUGGCACUGGCUACCAACACUGAGGGUAUUCGAAUUGUCUCCGUUGCUCCCUCGGAAGACCGACCAUCAGCCCAGGGCGAGGAGUUCUUCGGUGCCGACAUCGCCCACCUCGAGGCUCAUGACGAUAUCAUUAUCUGUCUUGACGUCGACUGGUCUGGACACUGGCUUGUCACGGGUGCUAAGGACAACAAGGCCAUUCUUUGGCGUAUUGACCCUAAGACCUCAUCUUAUACUUGUUUCGCAACUUUGACCGGCCACGCCGAGUCAUUGGGAGCGAUUGCUCUGCCGCGAACUCCACCACCGGUUGGAAGCGCAGCUUAUAACGACCCGGUCAAUUACCCACCUCAGUUCCUCGUUACAGGCUCCCAGGACAGGACCGUGAAGCGCUGGGACAUUGGCAAGCUGGGUCCGCUCAAAGGUGAGAAGCCACACAACCCCAAGGCAGUUUACACGAGACGGGCGCACGAGAAGGACAUCAACUCGCUUGAUAUUGACGGAACCUCCUCCCUUUUUGCGUCCGCUUCUCAGGAUAAGACUGUGAAGAUUUUCGAUGCCGAAGAUGGAUCUGCCAUUGGAGUUCUUCGUGGUCACAAGCGGGGUGUUUGGGGCGUUCGAUUCGCGCCUCAAAAUACCCCCAUCAUCAACUCCGAGGCUGGAACCAGUACCAGCCGAGGUAUUGUUGCAACUGGCUCUGGUGACAAGACCAUCAAGGUCUGGAGCUUGUCCGAUUAUAGCUGUCUUCUCACUUUCGAGGGCCACACCAACAGUGUCCUCAAGGUGAUCUGGCUUCCACCUCCCCAGGUCUCCAAGUCCAAGAAUGACUAUGAUGAUGACGAUGACGAAGAGACCUCUGCUAGCAAGAACGCCGAGCAGACAAAGCCUCUCAUCGCCUCCGCCGCCGCAGACGGCCUGGUCAAGAUUUGGAGCCCAUACACCGGUGAGCUCGAAACCACCCUCGACAACCACACAGACCGUGUCUGGUCCUUAGCGAGUCCUACGCCUUCCGGCUCUCGCUCCGACGUGAAGCCCACCUCCUCCAGAUUCAAUUCAACUCCCUACGCUCUGGCCAGUGGCUCCUCCGACUCCACCGUUACCUUCUGGGCCGACACCACAUCCGCCACCUACACGGCCGCCGUGAACGCCAAUUCCGAGCGCGUGGAGCAAGACCAGCAGCUGCAGAACUACAUCCGCGCCGGCGCCUACCGCGAAGCCAUCACCUUGGCCCUCCAGCUCAACCACCCAGGCCGUCUCCUCUCCCUCUUCACAGCCGCCAUCAACGCAUCCGAUGACCCGACUCUUCCCGCCGAGGAGCGGGAGCGCGCAGCGGGCAGCUUGACAGGUAACCCGUCCAUUGACGAGGUACUGCAGUCUCUCGACGCUACGAACCUGCGCACUCUCCUCCUCCGCCUGCGCGACUGGAACACCAACGCACGCACCUCACGCGUGGCCCAGCGUGUUCUCUACGCUCUGUUCCGGUCCUACCCAGCCUCGACCUUCGUCGAGCUGGCCACCCAGUCUGUCCGCGGCAAGGAUGGCCGUGCUGCGGCUGGUCUCAAGGAUAUCCUGCAGGCUCUUGCUUCGUAUACUGAGCGCCACUACCGCCGUGUCGAGGAGCUGACGGAUGAUAGUUUCCUUGUGGAGUGGGUGCUUAACGAGAUGGAUGGUGGCGUAGGCCUCGGUGGGCUUGGACUGAUGAGUUUGCAGGAGGGUAAGACGAAUGGAGAGGUGCCAGAGCAUGAGAAGGACGUGAUUAUGUUGGAGGCUUAG